AUGAGGAAGAAACCUAAGUCCACUCCAGUUCCCAUGAAAAUACCUAAGAAGAACUACAAGAAACAAAUCACCAGUACUUUAUUAAAGAUUUUGCGGCCCAAAGUUUAUAUUACAGACUGUUCAAAUUUCAAUACUCUUGUUCAACAACUAACUGGUAAUGGAAAUUCUACAAUAAUCCUCUCCUCUCCAUCUCCUUGUAUAUCACAACCUGUAAAUAUCAUUCAUGAUCAUGGAUAUCAAGAAAACAGUUGGGAUUUGUCGGUCGAUUCAACGUGUUUCAGUACUCCAUUAGAAAGCUCCCCAAAUUUACGAAUGCUCGAAACAUUGGAUUGUGUGAUGGAGAAUACAUUGGAUAUAGAGUCACAGUUGUUGGAGAUGGAUCCAGUUUUUUAUAAUUAUGAUGCAUGUCAUGUCGUGAUUCAACCAGAGGUCCGUGUUUAUGAUUAA